AUGCGCGCCAACCAGAAAAUUGUGGCAGACGCUAUGAACCAGAAGUUUCUCCCCGUGGAGCUGCGUAACAAGCGUCCUAGUAUCUUUAAUACAGCGCACAUUGAUGUGAUCAAGAAGAGCAAGCUGAAUUUGUUUGAAGCCGAAGAACGCAUUCGUCACCGCGAGCCUCAUCUUGUGUUCGGACUGCUGUCGAAGGCAAGCGAGAUUUACCGCAGUGGUGUUAUCUCGAGUCACGAACUUGACUGUCUGCGGUCCAUGAUUUUGUCAAGGAUCCAGCCCACUAAAAUGUUGAUGGACAUGACGAUGAAAAUGAAUAGCAUGAUGUCCGAUCACGAGUGGCACCUGCUCAUUCUGAAGGCGAAAGGAAUUCGUCAUGCCCUCUGCAUCCGAAUCUCCCGCGAAGAAAGCGAACCUGCCCGAAACAGUGGCCAUAUGGUGCGUAUACUCACUUCCAAUUUUGAUGAUGGGGCGGACUUGCGGUCGGGAUGGAAAACCGAAAAGUGA